UCCAAAAAAAAUUUCUCGGGAAAACAAAACUUUUCUCCCCCGAAAAGUUCACAGUUUUCUUUUCCAAGCACUAGAAAGGGGAAACUAGAGAGAGAAUGGAAGAUUACGGGGGGAGAGAGAGGGAGAGGGAGGUGCCAGCAUGCCUUGUCGGCCAUUAGAGCUUCAAUGAAGAGGUCUCACCCGUCCCCUCCAUUACCUAAAGCCUAAAAAUCUUUAACCAUCAUUGCCAGUCGAGACCAAACUGAACCUCAAAGUAAACCAACGCCCCCCCCUCUCCAUCAAACCCAAAACCAAGACGUGGGUCUGUGUUUGCUUCCCCAGAAAAACUUUUGCGAGAUAAAAUAAUCCCCCAAAAAUCUCCGAUUCAUUGCAUUUGAUUGCAUUCUUUUCUGGGGUUGAAAAGGCUCGUCCCUUGGAAAAAGAUUCAAUCUUUUUCCCCUUUCUUCACAAAUUUUGCCAAGUAGAUUGCAAGAUCCCACCAAUCUUGGAAAGAGAGUUUGCAGUUUUAUUUUUAAGCUUGUUCUGCCCUCCAACUCCAAUUCGUGAAAUUCCAUGGUUGUUGCUCUGCCAUCAUCUCAAGGAAUCACUUGAAUAUUUACGGUCUUUGCUCUGUUGGUUGCCUCUUCUUUGAUGAGUGAUGAAAUUCAGAUGAGGAAUUUCACCCUCAGAGAUUGCUUUUUAGUGGUUUCCAAAACAUUGGCUCCAAUUUGGGAUUCAAAUUCUGGUUCACUUGGUACUUUCAAACCCUUUUCUGCCAUUAUGAAAUACUAUAUGGUUGCUACAGAUACAUCAGCUUGAAUUUGGUUAUUCAACAUGAUAAUCUGACUUAGUCCGAACAGAAUUAUUGAAUUCUCAGAUUGUUCUGUUAAUUUGGUAAAGUGGAGAGUGUUAUAAUGUCUGGCUCUAGAAGAGUUGUAGCCAUCAGGUUGACUGGAAUUUUAGUUAUCAUGGCUCUGCUGGUUUAUGCUUCAGAAGGGUUGAAUUCUGAUGGAACCUACCUUUUGGAUUUCAAGAAAGGCAUCCAAGAUCAAUUUAAUUUUCUAGGGAACUGGAACUCCGACGACGAGACGCCAUGUGAAUGGAAGGGUGUGAAUUGUACAGUUAACCAUUAUAAUUACAAUCCAGUGGUAGUGUCUCUUAAUUUGAGUUCAAUGAACCUUUCCGGGACUCUGAGCCCCAGCAUUUUCCGUGUGGUUAGUCUUAGUAAACUUGAUGUGUCUUACAAUAGGUUAUCUGGGAACAUUCCAAAGGAGAUUGGAAAUUGCUCAGUAUUGGAAAUUCUUUACUUGAACAAUAAUGAGUUUGAUGGAUCAAUUCCUCCUGAGUUGGGCAAAUUGUCUUUGUUGCGAGACUUGAAUGUGUGCAACAACAAGCUCUCUGGUCCUAUUCCGGAGGAGUUUGGAAACCUUUCGUCUCUGUUUCAGUUUGUGGCAUACACUAACAACAUCACCGGUCCACUACCCCAUUCUAUUGGGAAUCUUAAGAAUCUGCAGAUAUUUCGAGCGGGGCAGAAUGGGAUUUCGGGAAGCCUACCCUCAGAGAUAGGUGGUUGUGCGAGAUUGCAAUAUCUUGGUCUUGCACAAAAUUUUUUAGAAGGCAGUAUACCAAAAGAGAUCGGGAUGCUUGGGAGUUUAAGUGAUCUGAUUCUUUGGAAUAAUCAGUUGUCUGGUUUCAUUCCAAAGGACUUUGGAAAUUGUACAAAUCUUGAGACCCUUGCUCUGUACCAAAACAAUCUUGUGGGUGCAAUUCCUGCUGAGAUUGGAAAUAUCAAAUCCCUGAAGAAGUUGUACCUCUACAGAAAUGGAUUAAAUGGAACAAUACCAAAAGAAAUUGGUAAUCUUUCAUUAGCAACCGAAAUUGAUUUCUCGGAGAACUACUUGACAGGAGAAAUUCCAAUUGAGUUCAGUCAGAUAAAGGGUCUACGCUUGCUUUACCUUUUCCAGAACCAGCUAACCGGUAUUAUACCAAAUGAGCUUAGUGGCUUGAGGAACUUGACAAAGCUUGACCUGUCUAUUAAUAACCUCACUGGCCCUAUUCCUUUUGGAUUUCAGUUCCUGACUGAAAUGCUCCAGUUACAGCUUUUUGAAAAUUCUCUGACUGGCAGCAUUCCUCAAGGACUUGGACUUCAUAGCCAGCUUUGGGUGGUUGAUUUUUCAAACAACGACCUAACCGGAAGAAUACCUCCUUACCUUUGCCGCCACUCUAACUUGAUUUUGCUGAAUUUUGAAUCUAAUAAGCUCUAUGGAAAUAUUCCAGAUGGUGUCAUGACCUGCAAAUCCUUGGUGCAACUUCGUCUGAACGGAAACAGUCUGACAGGGAGCUUUCCUUAUGAGUUAUGCAACUUGGUUAACCUUUCUGCUGUUGAAGUGGGCCAGAAUAGGUUUGGCGGUGCGAUUCCUCCAGAUAUUGCAAAUUGCAGAAAGUUGCAAAGGCUUGAUCUCUCAGACAAUUACUUUACUGCUGAGUUGCCAAGGGAGAUAGGAAACCUGACCCAAUUAGUGACUUUUAAUAUUUCAUCUAAUUUGCUCACUGGACGGAUACCACCUGAAAUUCUUAACUGCAAGAUGCUUCAACGUCUCGAUCUUAGCCGGAACAGCUUUACCAAAACCAUACCGAAUGAGCUUGGAAACCUUUCACAGUUGGAGCGCCUCAUGCUUUCUGAUAACAGGUUUUCUGGAAAUAUACCCGCUGCAAUUGGCAAUCUCUCUCAUUUGACUGAGUUGCAGAUGGGUGGCAACUUGCUUUCUGGUGAAAUACCAUCGGAACUGGGUGCACUUACUGGCUUGCAGAUUGCACUGAACCUGAGUCAUAACAAUCUUUCUGGAAGAAUACCACCUCAGCUUGGGAAGCUUAUUUUACUAGAGGAUCUCCUGCUAAAUAACAAUCAUUUGAGUGGUGAAAUACCAACUACAUUUGACAAUCUGUCAAGCCUAUUAAGUUGUAACUUAUCUUACAACGAUCUUUCUGGACCUUUGCCUACUGUAGCAUUGUUUCAGAACAUGACAAUGAGUAGCUUCAUUGGAAACAAAGGGCUUUGUGGUGGCCCUUUUGGUGGUUGCAAUGGGAAUUCAUCUUUCAAUUCAAUUCCUCCUUUAAAAAGUUUAAGUGCUCCUCGGGGUAAAAUCAUCACAAUUGUUGCAGGUGCUGUUGGUGGAGUAUCACUUAUUCUAAUUGCAGUUAUUUUAUAUUUCAUGAAGCGUCCAGUUGACAUGGUUGCUUCCUACCAAGAUAAUGAGUUAUCAUCCUCUUCGGUCUCGGAUAUCUAUUUUCCUCCCAAGGAGGAUUUCACAUUCCAAGACCUUGUGGAGGCCACAAACAACUUUCAUGAUAGUUAUGUCGUUGGGAGAGGAGCUGUCGGAACAGUAUACAAGGCAGUCAUGCGUUCUGGGCAAACAAUUGCUGUUAAGAAGCUAGCCUCUAACAGAGAGGGGAACAACAAUAUUGAGAACAGUUUUCGAGCUGAGAUUUUAACUCUGGGGAAGAUAAGACAUCGUAACAUUGUAAAGCUGUAUGGUUUUUGCUACCACCAGGGUUCAAAUUUGCUUCUUUAUGAAUACAUGGCAAGGGGUAGCUUGGGUGAGUUGCUCCAUGGAGCUUCUUGUAAAUUGGAGUGGCCCAUUCGCUUUAUGGUUGCUCUUGGGGCUGCCGAGGGGCUUGCUUACUUGCAUCACGACUGCAAACCAAAGAUCAUUCACCGUGAUAUAAAGUCUAAUAAUAUUCUGCUUGAUGAGAACUUUGAAGCCCAUGUUGGUGAUUUUGGUCUGGCCAAGGUUGUUGACAUGCCUCAAUCCAAGUCAAUGUCUGCAGUUGCGGGAUCAUAUGGCUAUAUUGCCCCUGAAUAUGCGUACACGAUGAAGGUUACAGAAAAAUGUGAUAUCUAUAGCUAUGGAGUUGUUCUCUUGGAGUUGCUUACUGGAAGAACACCUGUACAGCCAAUAGAUCAAGGAGGUGAUCUUGUCACGUGGGUGAGAAAUUAUAUUCGUGAACAUACAUUGACAUCCGGAAUACUCGAUGAUCGAUUAAAUUUGGAAGAUGAAAGUACCAUAAAUCACAUGAUUAAUGUCUUAAAAAUUGCCUUAAUGUGCUCGAGCAUGUCCCCUUUUGAGCGACCGUCCAUGCGUGAAGUUGUGCUUAUGCUGAUGGAGUCUAAUGAACAAGAAGGGACCUUUAUUUCAUCUCCAAUUUAUGAUCAUCCUCUUAAAGAUGAUUCUUCUUGACUGUGAUAAAUUCAUUUGAAGAUAUUUGGAGCUGAAAUAAUUAUUUUAGUGUAUGAUUAGAGCGCGGCAUGGAAGGCAUGGAUGGACAUCUAUUCGGGGUCAAUGUUGAGGAAGUCACAAAGCGGCAAGAUGAAAAUAUAGAAGUUGAAGAGUUGAGAGACUAAGUAAAAGUAACUUGCGGCCUACUGCAGAAUGCAUACCGCGAUAGGACCACUGUGAAAGAAGAUUGCUAGAGCUCACGAUCCUACCAUGGUAUGCAUUCCAAGGUAGGAUUGCAGUUAGACAUCUUUGUUAAAGUUCACGGUCCUAUCGUGAAAUGCAUUCUGCAGAAGGGCUCAAAGUUUUGCAGAAAGGCCAUUUCGAGCCCGUUUUCUUCCAAAUCAAAUUGGGAUGGACUCCUUCAAGAUGCAUGACUCUAAAAACAUAAAAAAACACUAUAUAAAGACUGAUUCUUGGAGAAUUUGGGGAUGUUUUUGGAAGGAAGACGAAACCAAGUUGACAGAAUAAAAGAAGGGAAUUUUUGCGAAGUUGAAGCUUUGGUUGUAUUUUUUUUAUUCUUCUUUCUAUCUCACAACAUGGCGUUUGUUUAUAUUGUUCUUCUAGUGUUUGAAACCAUGUUGGGUUAGGUGUUUUGUAACUAGAGUGAA